GUGGAAUGGAGUGCAGUGCAGUGGGGUGGAGCGGACUUGAAUGGAGCGGAGUGCUGAGAAUAUGAUUGUAGAGUCAGUUUGGUCGGAGAUGGACAAUGGCUCUUUCCCGAGGUCUGAGAUGCUGUGCCCGGGUGUUUUCCUGGAUACCUGUCCUCAUAAUCACCUCCGUGGUGCUGUGGUCCUACUACGCCUAUGUGUUUGAGCUAUGUGUAUUCACUAUCAGCAACACAUUGGAGAAGGUGGCCUACCUACUGGUGUUCCAUGUGUGUUUUGUGAUGUUCUCCUGGACCUAUUGGAAGGCCAUCUUCACUCCUCCUGCCACACCCUGCAAGAAGUUCCAGCUGUCGUACUCCGACAAGGACCGUUAUGAGAGGGAGGAGAGGCCUGAUGCUCAGAAACAGAUUCUGGUGGACAUCGCUAAGAGUCUCCCCAUCUUCACUAGAGCUACGUCUGGAGCUAUCAGGUUCUGUGACCGCUGCCAGGUACUGAAGCCUGACCGCAGUCACCAUUGCUCUGUAUGUGAAACGUGUGUUCUGAAGAUGGACCAUCACUGUCCAUGGGUGAAUAACUGUGUGGGGUUCUCCAACUACAAGUUCUUCCUCCUCUUCCUAUCCUACUCCAUGGUCUACUGUGUGUUCAUCUCUGCCUCAGUCUUCAGAUUCUUCAUCAACUUCUGGGUGGGGGACCUGCCAAAUGGACCCGCUAAGUUCCACGUUCUCUUCCUGAUGUUUGUGGCUUUGAUGUUCUUGGUCAGUCUCAUGUUCCUGUUGGGUUACCACUGCUGGCUGGUCGUCCAGAACCGGUCCACACUAGAGGCGUUCUCUGCUCCAGUCUUCACGACAGGACCAGACCGUAAUGGUUUCAAUGUGGGGAUCAGGAGGAACCUGCAGCAGGUGUUUGGAGACAAUAAGAGACUCUGGUUCCUGCCUAUCUGCACCAGCCAAGGAGAUGGCCACUACUUCCCUCUGAAGAGCCUGAGUGAAUCCUCAACCUCUCUAUUAGCCAAUGAGGAGAAAUGGGAUGAGGAAGAGGAGUCAGAGGACGACAACAUAAGUGGUGACGGGGAUCCCUCUGUUACCGUGGAGAUGGAGAAGAGGAGUAGGAUCACUUUAUGGACUUUAUAAACGGUGCAGUGGGUGUUGUGCCCCGAGGAGGCAGACAGACCCUGAGGAGGCAGACAGACCCCGAGGAGGCACAGAUACACGGAAGACCUCAACGUGCAGCCAAAACGUUCUUAGACGUCACCUUCUCAAUAUCAGGAAGAGUUUUCAGUUCACCAUGAAGACAAUGUUAGGGGAACAGAAGUCCAUUAAUAUUAUGUCACAGUACACGAUUGUUUUAAGAGAAAGACCAUGUCUAGCACUGUCUCCUUACUUCUGUUGUCUCUCUACUACUGUUGUCUCUGUCUCUCUACUUCUGUUGUCUCCGUCUCUCUACUUCUGUUGUCUCUGUCUCUCUACUUCUGUUGUCUCUGUCUCUCUACUUCUGUUGUCUCUGUCUCUCUACUUCUGUUGUCCCUACUUCUGUUGUCUCUGUCUCCCUACUUCUGUUGUCUCUCUACUUCUGUUGUCUCUGUCUCCCUACCUCUCCUGUAUUAUUGUGUAUAUUAUAUAGUACUAGGCUGCUAGCUAGCUUUUCAUUUCUCGCCUGUAUUUUGUUAAUGUAAAUAGCUUUGUGAUUUACAUCUUUAAAUGAAAAGAGCUCUAUAAAUGUAUUAUCAUUAUUCCAUAUGCAGGGUCCUUAAGGCCCAAUCAGAAUGGAGAAAGACCAUUAAAACCAUGUGUAUUUGUUGUCAUCUUA